UUCCUCCGUUAUAGCGAUCUAAUCGUAACCUUACACCUUGAAUGUUCGGAUAUAGAUGGGUAUCGGAUCCAUGAAGAGCUCUAAUAUAUUUUAGUGAAAGGAAAUUAGUCAGAAGCAAAAGGACAAUGGAGAAGGGAAAAGGAGUACUGGGUGCCGGCCGAAGAUGGGCCGUCGAUUUCUCUGAUAAUUCCACCGCUCCUUCAUCGCGUGACAUCCCCGAUCCCCCCGGCUUCACUCGUGCUUCCGUCGAUCAGGACGAUUCGGCUGUGAGUCGCCAAAAGAAGGAUGCUGAAGCCAAUUGGAAAGCUCAGAAAGCAUGGGAAGUUGCACAAGCACCUUUCAAGAAUUUGCUAAUGAUGGGCUUCAUGAUGUGGAUGGCUGGAAGUACAGUGCAUCUCUUCAGCAUUGGUAUCACUUUUUCAGCACUUUGGCAACCUAUUAGUGCUCUUCAAGGGGUUGGGAAGGUUUUUGAGCCGUAUAAAGACAAUAAAGUAGAGCUUCUUGGACCUAAGUUGCUUUUCAUUGCCCUUAAUUUGGGUGGUUUAGCACUUGGUGUUUGGAAGCUUAAUACAUUGGGACUCCUUCCUACACAUGCAUCCGACUGGGUGUCAUCCUUGUCCCCAGCUCAGGAGGUUGAAUAUUCAGGUGGGGGUAUUCCUCUGUAAUAUCGCCUUCGUGCGUCUUUGAUUCUCAGACAAAUUUCUGGUGCCAGUGAGGGGAAGUUGCAAAGAUAGGUAGAAAGAAUUUGGAUGUUUAUACCUAUGUCUUUUGGAGAUGUAGAAGAGGAAGACCACUAUAGAUUUUCAUUCCCCCCGCCCCCCCUUCCCUCUUAAAAUUUGAUGAACCAUGUUGCAAUGUUGCAUGGCAUGAUUAAGAGAUGUAGAGGUUUGUUGUAUUUUUAUAUAAACUUGCUAAAAUCUUAAACUAUGCUAAAAAAAUUGAUGCUAUGUAAUAAAGAGAAUAUUUAAUA